AUGGGCCGCUACUCGGGCAAGACGUGCCGGCUGCUGUUCAUGCUCGUGCUCACCGUCGCCUUCUUCGUGGCCGAGCUGGUGUCGGGCUACCUGGGCAACUCCAUCGCGCUGCUGUCCGACUCCUUCAACAUGCUGUCGGACCUGAUCUCGCUGUGCGUGGGGCUGAGCGCCGGCUACAUCGCCCGGCGCCCCCGCGGGGGCCUGAGCGCCACCUACGGCUACGCCCGCGCCGAGGUGGUGGGCGCGCUCAGCAACGCCGUCUUCCUUACCGCGCUCUGCUUCACCAUCUUCGUGGAGGCCGUGCUGCGCCUGGCCCGGCCCGAGCGCAUCGAUGACCCCGAGCUGGUGCUCAUCGUGGGCGCCCUGGGGCUGGCCGUCAACGUGGUCGGGCUGCUCAUCUUCCAGGACUGCGCCGCCUGGUUCGCCUGCUGCGGCCGCCGCCGCCGCCAACAGCAGCGGCAUCAGCAGCCAGCGGCCGGGGGCGGCCCUCGCGGCGUCUUCCCGGGUCCCCAAGGCGCCGAGGGCCGCUGGCACGCCGCCGCCCUGCCAGCCCCCGGCCGCGACUCGGCCGUGACCCUCCGGGUGGCCUCGGUGGACGAGAAGGGGGCGACCGUGUUCUCCAACGUAGCAGGUGAUUCCCUGACUACGCAGAAUGAACCAGAAGAGACUAUGAAAAAGGAGAAGAAGUCCGAAGCCCUGAAUAUCAGAGGGGUACUUUUACAUGUGAUGGGAGAUGCCCUGGGGUCGGUGGUUGUGGUGAUUACAGCCAUCAUAUUCUAUGUGCUUCCCCUGAAACAUGAGGACCCAUGUAACUGGCAGUGCUACAUUGACCCCAGCCUGACUGUCAUCAUGGUCAUCAUCAUUUUGUCAUCUGCCUUCCCACUCAUCAAGGAGACUGCUGCCAUUCUGCUGCAGAUGGUCCCCAAAAGUGUCAACAUGGAAGAGCUGAUGAGUAAGCUCUCUGCCGUGCCCGGAAUUAGCAGUGUCCAUGAAGUUCACAUCUGGGAACUUAUAAGUGGGAAGAUCAUUGCCACUCUGCACAUCAAGUAUCAGCAGGACGGGGGAGAUCGGGAUGCCAGUAUAAAAAUUCGAGAAAUCUUCCACAACACGGGAAUCCACAAUGUGACCAUCCAGUUUGAAAAGGUGGACCUGAAGGGGCCCCUAGAGCAAAAGGACUUGCAGUUGCUCUGUAGCUCACCCUGCAUCUCCAAGGGCUGCAGCAAGCAGCUGUGCUGUCCCCCCGGGGCGCUGCCUCUGGCCCACAUCAAUGGCUGUGCCGAGCACAAUGGCUGUCCCCCACUGGACUUGUCCCGGAGUGAUGGCCUUGGGAGACGACAAACAGCAGAAGUGGCUCUUGAAGUAUCUUUGGAAGGUUGUCUGAGUGACCACGGACAAGCUCUUAGCAAAUCUCAGGAGGACUCACGUUAUAUCAACAGCACACAUUUUUAG